AAUAUUUUAUGGGGUAACUUGAUCCAACUCACACAAAUGCACAGUCACCAAGUCAGUACAACCUUAAACACCGUUUCCUGCUACCUCGUCUUUCACGAACUGAAUGGAGUUGUAUGUACCUCAUUCUCUUCAAAAUUAUCCUUCAUCUUUUCUCUUCAAAUCUCGUAUCAACACUUUUCACACAACCCAUUUCCCAACUACAUUCAAAGCUUCAUUCUUUUCAUCAAAUCACCUCACUCUCACCACUCCUAUGAAUCCUCCUACCUCUGCUGCUUUUGUUGAACACAACAACGGUUCAACUUCAACUUCUUUACCUUUUCACUCAGAGGUUAGAGUUGGAGAGGUGAAAAGGGUCACUAAGGAAACUAAUGUAUCUGUCAAAAUUAACUUGGAUGGUUCUGGUGUUGCUGAUUCUAGUACUGGAAUUCCUUUCCUUGAUCAUAUGCUAGAUCAACUUGCUUCGCAUGGGCUAUUUGACGUACACGUAAAGGCUACCGGUGAUACACACAUCGAUGAUCAUCACACAAACGAAGAUGUUGCUCUUGCAAUUGGAACGGCUUUGCUGCAGGCCCUUGGUGAUAGGAAGGGUAUUAACCGGUUCGGCGACUUCUCUGCUCCUCUUGAUGAAGCAUUGAUACACGUUUCACUGGAUUUAUCUGGUCGACCGCAUCUAAGUUAUAAUUUGGACAUUCCCACUCAGAGGGUUGGGACAUAUGACACACAGUUGGUGGAGCAUUUUUUCCAAUCUUUAGUGAAUACUUCCGGUAUGACACUUCACAUUCGACAGCUUGCUGGAAGAAAUUCUCAUCAUAUUAUUGAAGCAACUUUCAAAGCUUUUGCAAGGGCUCUUCGACAAGCAACAGAAUAUGACCCACGUCGCCGUGGAACUGUGCCAAGUUCCAAAGGGGUUCUGUCACGGUCUUAAAAUCUUCAACCAACGUGCAUAUUUGGAUCGAGCUACAAAUAUUACUGAUACUAUAUACUUCUUCAAGGAUGUGAAUUCAAGAUGAACUCCAGCUCCAAUCUCCAUCACAUUGCUUGCCUGUCUCGUGAUAACAACCGGAAGCACUUUGUGCAAGUAUUUGUAAACAAAAUUACCGGCAUUGGUAUACAUUUAUACAUACAUGCAAUGAUCAUAGUAUAUGGAUUUGUAUGUCUUACCUUCUCCAAACCGUACCAUGGCGUGAGCCUUGUGCAGCAAGCAUCCUUUUUGUUGUGUUGUUGUUGGAAGGUUAUAAAGUUUGUUUCUUAUUGUAGGAAUAAUUUGUACACAUGAUUUUCUUUUAGUAAAAUGACACUAUGGAAUUUUAAACCUA